CGAUCAGGAUUUGAAAGAUUAAAAACUCCGGGCGCAGAGGGCGGCGCCGUUUAAUGUGUGACGGAACCGCUGGGGGCCACGGCUCGGCACGGGGCCGGGUACCAUGAAUUACCCGGGUCGCGGGUCACCGCGGAGCCCGGAACAUAACGGCCGUGACAGCGGCGCCUGGGAGUUGGGCUCGGAUGCGGAGCCGGCGUUCGGCGGCAGCGUCUGCUGCUUCGAGCACUUGCCCGGCGGGGACCCCGGCGACGGCGAGGUGCCCCUGGCCCUGCUGCGCGCUGACCCCGGGCUGCACUUGGCGUCCGGCACCGAGGACCACAACCACCACCUGGCGCUGGACGCCUGCCUUAGUGACGAGAACUAUGACUUCAGCUCAGCCGAGUCGGGCUCCUCGCUGCGCUACUACAGCGAGGGCGACAGCGGCGGCGGCGGCAGCUCCUCGUCACUGCACCCGCCGCAGCAGCCGCCGCUGGUCCCAUCGAACUCCGGGGGCGGCGGGGCUGCGAUAGGGGCGUCCGGGGAGAGGAAGCGCACCCGGCCCAGCGGCCCGGCCGCUCGGCACCGGUACGAAGUGGUGACGGAGCUGGGCCCGGAGGAGGUGCGCUGGUUCUACAAGGAGGACAAGAAGACUUGGAAGCCCUUCAUCGGUUACGACUCGCUCCGCAUUGAGCUCGCUUUCCGGACCCUGCUGCAGGCCACAGGCGCCCGGCCCCAGGCUGAGGACCUGGACGGCGACCAUGUGUGCGGCCCAGGUACCCCCGCGGGCCCAGCCUCCAGCUCCGGGGAGGACGACGACGAGGACCGCGCCUGCGGGUUCUGCCCGCGCGCGGCGAGUCACGAGCCCGAGAUGGAGGAAGUGGUGAACAUCGAGCCGGUGUGCGUGCGGGGCGGACUCUACGAGGUGGAUGUGACCCAAGGAGAGUGCUACCCUGUGUACUGGAACCAGGCUGAUAAAAUACCAGUAAUGCGUGGACAGUGGUUUAUUGAUGGUACUUGGCAACCUCUAGAAGAAGAAGAAAGUAAUUUAAUUGAGCAAGAACAUCUCAGCUGUUUUAGGGGUCAGCAAAUGCAGGAAAAUUUUGAUCUUGAAGUGUCAAAACCCAUAGAUGGAAAAGAGGGCAGUGGGAUCAACUAUUCUGUUGUCUACCACCUCCCUCCCUUCUCCCUCCCUUCUUUGUUCAAAUGGAGAGGAUAUAAGGAGAGUACAGAUGCGACAGGUCUUAAAAGAAAGCGUUCCCAAGCUAUUCAUAGUUUCAAGUUGAGUCGAAACCAUGUGGACUGGCACAGUGUUGACGAAGUGUAUCUUUAUAGUGAUGCAACAACAUCUAAAAUUGCAAGAACGGUUACUCAAAAACUGGGGUUUUCUAAAGCAUCAAGUAGUGGGACCAGACUUCAUAGAGGUUAUGUAGAAGAAGCCACAUUAGAAGACAAGCCAUCACAGACUACCCAUAUUGUAUUUGUUGUGCAUGGCAUUGGGCAGAAAAUGGACCAAGGAAGAAUUAUCAAAAAUACAGCCAUGAUGAGAGAGGCUGCAAGAAAGAUAGAAGAAAAGCAUUUUUCCAAUCAUGCAACACACGUUGAAUUUCUACCUGUUGAGUGGCGGUCAAAACUGACUCUUGAUGGAGAUACUGUUGAUUCUAUUACUCCUGACAAAGUACGAGGUUUAAGGGAUAUGUUGAACAGCAGUGCAAUGGACAUAAUGUAUUAUACUAGCCCACUUUAUAGGGAUGAACUAGUUAAAGGCCUUCAGCAAGAGCUGAAUCGAUUAUAUUCCCUUUUCUGUUCUCGGAAUCCAGACUUUGAAGAAAAAGGGGGUAAAGUCUCAAUAGUGUCACAUUCCUUGGGUUGUGUAAUCACUUAUGACAUAAUGACUGGCUGGAAUCCGGUUCGACUCUACGAACAGUUGCUGCAGAAGGAAGAAGAGUUGCCUGAUGAACAGUGGAUGAGCUAUGAAAAACGACAUCUUCUUGAUGAACUCUAUGUAACAAAACGACGGCUGAGGGAAAUAGAAGAACGACUGCAUGGAUUGAAGGCAUUAUCUAUGAUACAAACACCUGCCUUAAAAUUUAAGGUGGAAAAUUUCUUCUGUAUGGGAUCUCCACUAGCAGUUUUUUUGGCAUUGCGUGGCAUCCGCCCAGGAAACACUGGAAGUCAAGACCAUAUUUUGCCCAGAGAGAUUUGUAACCGGUUACUAAAUAUUUUUCAUCCAACAGACCCAGUGGCUUAUAGAUUAGAACCGUUAAUACUGAAACACUACAGCAACAUUUCACCUGUCCAGAUCCACUGGUACAAUACUUCAAAUCCUCUACCUUAUGAGCAUAUGAAGCCAAGCUUUCUCAACCCAGCAAAAGAACCUACCUCAGUUUCAGAGAAUGAAGGCAUUUCAACCAUGCCAAGCCCAGUGACCUCACCAGUCUUGUCCCGCCGACACUAUGGGGAAUCUAUAACGAAUAUAGGCAAAGCAAGCAUAUUAGGGGCUGCUAGCAUUGGAAAGGGACUUGGAGGAAUGUUGUUCUCAAGAUUUGGACGUUCGUCUGCACAGGCAUCUGAGACAUCAAAAGACUCAGUGGAAGAUGAGAAGAAGCCAGUUGCCUCACCUCCUUCUACCACUGUGGCAACACAGACCCUUCCACACAGCAGCUCGGGCUUUCUUGAUUCUGCAUAUUUCAGACUUCAGGAAUCGUUCUUUAAUCUCCCACAACUUCUUUUUCCGGAAAAUGUAAUGCAGAAUAAAGAUAAUACCCUCGUGGAACUGGAUCACAGGAUUGAUUUUGAACUCAGAGAAGGCCUUGUGGAGAGCCGGUAUUGGUCAGCUGUCACAUCGCACACUGCCUAUUGGUCAUCCUUGGAUGUUGCCCUCUUCCUUUUAACCUUCAUGUACAAACAUGAGCACGAUAAUGAUGCAAAGCCCAAUUUAGAUCCAGUCUGAACUCUUGAAGGACAUUAAUGGCCCCAAACUGAUUUUUUUUUUUUUUUCCCUGUUAAAAUGUGUGUCGAGACAUGGAAAUUUCAGGUUUAAGUAUGUUUCAGUUUUGUUUAGGGUGAGAAAUCUUUUAAUUUAAAAGCACCUUAUUUAAAACAAGAAACUUUCAGACCAAAAGGAGUUGUUUAUGGUUUUCUCAUUUUGAUUAUGCAUCUGAUGAAACCAUCUGCAGAGCGUCAAGCAAGACCUGGAAAUAAGGAAGGUUUGGGUGAACUGCAUGUAAAGAGUAUAAAUCACAAUCUGAUUUUUUCCAAAUAUGAAAGUAUACUUAUGCGUUGGAUCUAAUGUAUUAACCAAAAUAUGUUAUAAAUCUAAAAUGGUCAAGGUCCAGUGUAUUCUACGUAAAGGUCACGAGGUGGUAUUGUUUUAGGUUUCUAUGAAAGCCUCCAUUUCCACUAUGUCAUUGAAAAAGCAGUAUAACAGAUUUAAAAUGUUUUGAAUUUAACUUUAGAAAAACUAAUGCUUAAAAAAAAAAUUUGAACUACUGUAUUUAUAAUUUAUUACCUCUGAUUGUUUAUUUCAGUGUAUGAAACAUUACAUAUUUUUUACUGUUUCCUUUGAACAUAAUUUAAGAACCACAUUUAUUUUCUAUGGUGUUAAGACCCUUUUUUUCUUAGAACUCCAUCUUUUUACUCUUCAGAUGAAUAUAUAGACACUGUGGCAUACUUUCAGUAUUCAUUAAAAACUUGUGGUUUCACACAAAUAACAUUAGUUCAGUUAUUUUGAAAAAAAUAAACUUUUUUAUUAUGUCACAUGUACCUCAGAGAAAGCCAAAGUUUGCUAGACUUGGCAUAGAGUACUCCAUAAUGGGUACAUUUCAUUAACUUUAUUGAAAAAUUAGUAAAUUUCUUUGGAGUAUGGAGUAGGACAGCUAUUUUAAAUGUAUAAAUAGUUAUGUGCCAAACAAUUAAAUGAAGGGAUAGAGUGCCACUGACAAAUUUUAUUUUUAAAAUGUUUAGGAAACAUGAUGGAGAUGUAAGGCACAAUAGAUUAGGAUUCUGAGGCACUAGAAGGGUUUUCCUUGACUAUAAUUGUUUCCACAGUGCUUUUCAUCUGAGGAGCCCAAAGUGCUUUAAAAAGUAUACAUUCAGUAAUCUAUGUAGUAGCUCCAGGAGGUAAGUAAAUGAGUGUCACUCUCAUGUUACUUGUUAAUACACUAAGGCACCAAACUUUUGAAUUAGAUUACAUAGCAAAUCAGAAGAGCUUAGAUUGAAGUCAAACCAUAUUCUUCUAUCUGCUGUUCAGUGACUAAUUCACAUGUGCCCUCUUAGUACUUUGCAAACAGUAAUAAUAGUAAUAAUAGAAGUUGCAAUCCACAGUUGGAGAAAUGGCUGUGAAGCCAGUAUCCUGCCUUACUUGUCUUAUACAUUCUUGGAUUGUCAGACAAAAAGAGAUGUUUAGAGGGGAUUAGUAGCCAUCUCUGCCACAACCAACCCUCACUUCUGAGUGGCUCCUACUAGGUUCCACUUACGGUGCUGUCUUUGUUUAUCUUGCAAGGAUUUUAUUAGUUUUCCAAUAAUCAUUGUCAAACUGCGAGCAAAGCUGAUCAGUUGCACAUCUCACCUACUUCUUUGUUUAAAAGAAAGUAGAGUCUGUGGCUUACUGUAGGUUUUACUCUGCACCACCGGGACUUUUGUCUCUUUUGGCCUUUAUAUUGAGUUUGCACAAAAUAAAACACUUCUUUUUAGUGUUUAAAAAAAUUCUAAGCCUCCAUGACCAAGUAUGUGACUCACUAAGAAACCCUUGCUAUAAAAGGCUUUUAAUGAGAUCUUAGCAAAGCUGAAGUAAUCUUGAUUUCAAAUUUAGAGAUUCCUAUGAACUCAGGUCAUUUUCAUAGCCUGUUUAUUUUGUAGGUCUGAUUUAGUUCUUAGGAAAAUUAAAUUCAUGUCAUAUGACUAUCACUAAAGGUACAUGAGCAUAUGUUGCGUGGGUGGUGUGACACUCAAAUGCCUAAAAGCUUUACAGUACUCAUCCUUCACCACUAAUGUGAAGAGCUGUUUUUACCUGAGAAGAAAGUCUAUCACACCUUUUAAUUUAAUAUCAUUGAAUAAAAAGAAAGUAGGUUCUCAGAGCCAUAGGAACAUACUUGUUUCCUUUUUUUCAUUAAGAAAACAAAGUCAAAUUUAAUCUCUCAGUUUAUUUUAAUUCUUGGAGAGGGCAUCAUCGAAAACCUCAUUUCAGAAUGAGACCUUCUGGGCUACCGGACAAGUGGGUUUUUUUUGUUUUUUUCCCACCAAUACAUUAUUUCAUCAAUAGAGAAGGUGGUUUUGUUUUACAGUACUCUUCUUGUUUUUGUGUGUCUGCAUGUUAUCAUGGGAUGUACUUGUGAAUACUGAAGUAAUAACAGUAUGUGUAAUUCUGGCUUGAUUUAGAAGCUAAGUCAGUUACUGAGUAACAUUUUCCAGCUUUAUUCUAGCAAGUACUAAAUUGGCCAAGAAGUUCUAUUUUUUAUACCAUUAAAAUUUUAUUCUCUAUUUCGUGUACACGCUAUGAUGAUUCUCCUGAGUAUUGGUUAGAUCAUUCAAUUUUAAGCCAGUUAGGUUCACAAGAGUUAUUGAAGGUUAGAAUAAGGAGAAUGUCUUUGGGUUAAAUCUUGGCUUAUUUUUACUUUAAAAUUAGCCUUUGCUAAGGCCUUUUAUUAGUUUAUUACUUGAUUUUCAGUAGUAAUUGGGCUUAUUUUAUAAUCCAAUGUUGUAAUUUAGGAUAUAAUUGCAAAAUAUACUGGUUUUUCCAGCAACUACUCCUUUAUAUGUGAAACAAGCCUUAGGAAUCUUACAUGUUUUACUUCUUCCUAUUAAACAGCAUCUGUUAGCUGUUUGAAAUACUUACACUGAAUAUGUUCUAUAGAAACCCUCAGACAGUAUGACAUAUAAACAUUAAUCCUCAGUCUCUUUGUGUUGUUUCCUCAUAGGGCUGAAGCAUCCUAGUCUAUAAGGCAUGUAAUCACCCCUACCCCACCCAGCUUUGUAUUUCCUGCAAAAAGGAAAAGAAAUCAUCCAUGUAGUGUCACAGCUAGUUCAACCAUUCAUUCCAGUGAUAAUGAUAGCACCUGAACCCCUUGAAGUGGAGUCAGACCAAACCAACAGAUUUUUAUUGUAAGGUCUAUAAGAAAGAGAAAAAUAAUUGCAUUUCUUUCUGAUUAAUUAGAUUAGUCAGUACUUCAUUUCUGUCUUCUCAGCUAUUAAUGAAUAACGCAUUUUGACAAUUGAGAAAACCAAUUUGAGUGUAUGUUUUAGAAUUGUUUUUUAAUAGUCUUUUCUUAUUACCAAUGGGGCCAAAGAAGAUAUUAAAGCCAGUGUCAAGACAGCUAAAAAGAAAACACAGUGAUUAUAUACUGAAAAAGGAAGGUAGAAUUUGAAUAAACUCGAGUGUUAGAUAGUUUACUUCUGUGAUCAUUCUCAAGUUUUCCAUCUCUUAUCCUGAUUCUUCUGUCAUUCCUAGGCCCUCAAGCCUUCUACCAGGAAUCCUGUUGUUACUCAUGCCUUCAUGGGUAGAAACCUGAGGGUUCUCUAGCUAAAUUUGGAACACUCAUUAAAUAUUUUAUGGUUGUUGUUAGCUCCAUCGAGUUGGUUCUGACUCAGAGCAACCCUAUGCACAAC